GACCCGGAGGCGACGCCGACGCGUGACGUAUGACAACAACAGGAAGACGGCACGCACGUUGCUGGAGAUGGCUCGGCAGGCGUCAAAGGGGCGGUACCUGCGGGCGUUCGUCAGCGGCUUCUUUGUCGCCGUUCCCGUCACGGUCACUGUCCUGGAUCGGUUCGCCUACGUGGCACGAGUGGAGGGAGCGUCCAUGCAGCCGUCCCUGAACCCAGAUGGAGGGUCUGAGUGUGACGUCGUCCUACUGAACCGCUGGAGUGUGAGGAACUAUCAGGUCCAACGAGGGGACAUCGUCUCCGUCCUGUCCCCGAGGAACCCACAGCAGAAGAUCAUCAAGCGGGUCAUUGGCCUGGAGGGAGACUUCAUCAGGACUCUGGGUUAUAAGAACCGAUAUGUGCGAGUCCCUGACGGUCACUUCUGGAUCGAGGGGGAUCAUCACGGACACAGUCUGGACAGCAACAGCUUUGGACCGGUGUCCGUUGGGCUGCUUCAUGGCCGGGCCUCUCACAUCAUCUGGCCUCCGAAUCGUUGGCAGCAAAUCCAACCGCGUCUCCCCAAGAACCGAGGACCACUGGACACCGAAGAAGAGGAUGAAUGAAGACACAUACCGACAUAUUUUUUUACAAUAAUGGUAAUAAAAAACGAAAUUAGAUGAAAGGAGAAACAGAUGGUACAACUUUAUUCUGACCUUUUGGUUAUUUGUUGUAAAAUGUUGAAUUAAGCGGACAGGAUGCUCUCAGAUUCUGUCAGAUUGUUUCAUUACCGUUACAUUAAGUGUAUAAAAAUACAAAAUAACUUUCUAAGAAACGACCAGAUCUGUAGCUUUUCGAACCACAUCCACAAAGGAUGCUAAAGUCCUGACCACGAUUCAAAAAUGAUAAGUGGAUGUUGAUAAUUUUUGAAUGCAAAACCCAAACCUUUAAGGGCCUGUUUAACCAAGAGUGGAUCUUGGCCUCUAAUAGCUACAAAAAUUUCUCCAGAUUCCCUUCUGUCAUGACAGGUGGCUUAAAGCUGGGGACUAGCGGACACUUGAGGAACUGCAGGAUUUUGCACUUCCACAUUGGUUUCCUUUUUUCAGUUGCCACUUGUUGCAAACACAUCCAAAAAGUUGUUCUGCUCUGUGCAGUUUGCUCUUCUUUUGUUUUGUAUUUCUAAUGUGGAGAGAAGCUAUCUUCACCUUCACCUUCAUGUCUUUUAAUUAUUGCGGUGCAGUUACCACCAACUCGCUUUUUGCAACAAUGUUGAUUUGCAUGGACUGGGAUCAUAUUUUCCCCAAAUCCCUGCAUAAUCAUUUAAAUUCUCUCAAACAGCUCUGACACACAGAGACGCUGUUUGCGCUGCAGCGCAGUAAGUGGAGCAUUUAACCCUUUGUGUGUGACGUGUGAAUAAGACAUCUUUUUGUCUCAUCUACACAGGUUUAGCAGGAGCCGAAGCUGCACAAUCCUUCUGUGAAUGGGUCGUAAUGGUUCCAGUGUUGUAAUCGUGAUACAUUUUCUGCUUUAUUUCUGUCAUUUCUGUUCGUUUGGGUUGUUGGUUUAAUAAAACGAGAUUUGAAGACAA